AUGGCCUUGGAGGUAACCGCGAAAGGUAUGGGGAGCUCAAGCGGGGGCGAUGAGGAAUGCGGGUGCUACAUGGAAGCGAUCGAGAUACGACGAGGCGAAUCGCCAACAGCAGAAGCGAAACAGUGUUUGCAAUCUUGCAGGGACCAGUUUCUAGAGACGGUGUCGAUCGAACACGAGACCUCCGAGGGCUGGAAAUACAUUUGCAAGGAUCUGACGAGCAAGACGCCCAGCUCUCGAUUUUGGUCGCUAUAUUGGUGCGACACAACGUUCUGCGGAGUCUGGAUAAAUCAGACGGGAGGGCUGCAACAAGACCCAAUCUCGGUAUGUUCGGUUACCGGGUUCAUCGUCAUGGUUGCUUUGGCCUUCUUAUGCCUGCAAAGACAUAAGAAGCACCGGUCUGGCCUGGAUGACGUCCGGGGACGGUCUCGCUCGAGGUUAGAUAACGGGAUCGCUCCAAGGGGCUCGCCCACGCCGCUAAUUGCGUCCAGCCACGAUUCCAGGCCGCUGAUACCUCCUCUCCGCCUACGGGACCGCAAGCUGCUCCCUUCGAUCCUGCGGUCGGGCCACAACCAGUCGCCUUCUCCGCCCCUGACACCGCUCACCCCGGCACACAGCCAUGGCGGCGGCGGCGGCGGCGGCCACUCCAGCGUCAUGUUUCCGUCGUCACCGAUAACAUCGCCUACGACGAACAAGCUUGUUCCGCGGUACGAGCGCACACCAAGGGUUCACGGCACUACUGGCAGUCUUCCUAGUCUACCUCCCCCGGCAUUGUUUGGAAUACAUGGUUCUGGCGCGCCCAGAAGCCGCGGGAGUUUGAGCAGCUAUGGAGCAGGCUCGACAACAGGACCGUCAUCUUUACGGAAUGAAGCGUUUUCCUUUUCUGGAACCACGUCUCCGCCGCCCACAUCACCAACACGCCCUCCGCGACCGCACGAGGGGCCACUGGAGAUACCGGACUUGGUAAAACCAGCACCGUUUCCGUUUGGAUCACGGAUGAACCGAUCGGUGCCAUCAGCAUCUCCUCAGCCUGUUUCGCCGCUAUCACAUACCUCGUCCUUGGCUAUGGGCGGCAGCAGUGCGAGUCCAAUGUGGAAUCCAGCGCGGGCUGUCUCAUCGCCGAGGGAUGAGCGAGCCUCUGGUGACCAUCACGUUGUUGGGGAAUACUCGGGCCAAGACCGUGGCAGCUGGGGGAGCUGGAGCGACAACGGUUACGGAGACAGUUACGGCAACGGGAACGGGAACGGGAGCGGAAGGAAAGUGGCCAGCGCGAUUGUUGGUAACUCUGGUCAUGCGACCGGAGCGCUAUCGCCCGUCAGGGGCGCCAGAUCUAUCUCUACAUGCGCCGUGAGCCCGCCACCUAGAUUACCGCUGAGGCCGAUGGCCAUCUCUACCAUGUCCUCUGCUGUAAGUAGUAGUGGUCCGAUCGGGUUUGCGGUGACGGGAGGGCCGGGAAGAACAAGCAACUCUGCGGCCGUGUCAACGUUGCACGAGGAAGACGGCGGAUUGUUCUGA